AUGUUUACACGUUCUUCGUUGAUCACCGCACAAACUACAACAGACCUUACCGGAUUCCAGGACAAUGGCAACGCCGCAAUAUCCCAGCCGAGGCGUAGAACUGGACCUAGGAGAGGGCUGGCGCAUUUGGUAUCCAAGUUUGAAGGCCUAGAUGGCAUGUCGCGCUUAGGCAAGCCACUACCACCGAGUCGGACUGCGAUAGCUCAGGAAACGACUUCUAACGCAAGACUCAUCGAGCCGCUGUCUGCUCCAUCGUCCAUAUCGACUUUGUCUCUGUCUUCUCCUGCGAAAAACACACGAAAAACAAAAGACUCGGCUCCCCUCGAUUUGCCUGCCUCGGAUUACAACGCUCAACCUGGCAUGAAAGUGGGCAGGCCAGAGACUAAGGACAAGCAUUCUUCGGUGGUCGCUGAGCGAAGAAAGUUGUUUGAGAUGAAACUUGGUGAUGUUAAAUCUCAUGCGGCUGCAAAUUCAACAAGCUCGGCAAACGUUCCUACUCGCCAACACAACAAGCUACGUCUGCCAUCAAAGUGGCAGACUGUUCGAGCUCGGUCACCCCUGGCAUGCUUGGCUCAGAGUCAGGCCGCCGUUUUGUCUCGUCCGAAAAUCCCAAACGUUUCGAAGCGGCUGUCAGGGUACCUGCCACUAUCGUCGACGUGCCCGGCACUGCAGAAUGUGGAUAACAGCAAUAAAGUACAUCUAUUGUCAGGUUGUGGUCUUCAUUCAGCCAAAGAAAAUGACCACGGCUGUGUGACUCCAUCAGCUACAGAAAAUCUUGGACAGCAAAUCGGGGGACUCGCAAACCAACAGGCAGCUGUCCCCAAGCAGAGCGAUGAAAAGAGUGACCGACCUGCCAUAGAGGAGUAUCCGUCAGGAUCGACAAGCAGUAGAAGCUCCAGUGUCAAAAUUCGACUUACCGGGAUAACAUUACUCACCAAGUCAUCCCAUGUUGGAGGCGGAGAGGAGGCAACUCAAUCUCCCGAGCUCGUCAAAACCCCUCCAGCGUUGUCAGUCAAUAAAAUCAGGAGCAAGCUGCCACUUAGGAAUCGCAUAAACCGGAGGUCCAAUGGUCAAAAUUACGCUCCCAGCCACUCACCAUCUCCAAUCCGUCUACCCAAGGAAAAGAACGUCGAGUCUGUCGUAGCACAGUGGGAAGCGACUCCCAAAAAACGGACGACAUUUCCUCCGUCACAAAUUGGGAACAAAAUUGGCCACUUUGAAUCUUUGAUUGCCAAGGACAAGACGGACCCAAAGCCAAAAUACAACAUUGGACAUAAACUUCGCAUUCCAGCAUCAGCGUCCUGUCAAGCGAUGAAGCCUGACAGUCAGCUUAAACUUGGUAGAAUGGAAGAAACUCGGAGGAAGUUUUCCAGCUCCUGGGGACCAGCUCGGUGGCGAAAGAGCCGCAUCAUAGACAGCACUGAAACUGUGAAGCACAUUGCUCAAAGUGCAAAUAAACCUGGGAGCAGGCGUUGCGAUGGUCAACACAUACCUGCGGAUGGAUCCACGGAGGCAAUGCGUCCAAUGUCAGACAAUUGGGACUUCUGGAUGGACAGACCCGAUACUUCUGAGAGACAGAAAGGACUUCAUGGGUUACUGCCCGCUGGUUCCGUCGACAAUCGUCUCAAGUCUGGUACUCAACAGUCUCAGGCGAGCCCUGCAGCAAACGACAGAGAUGCCCUAGAAAAGGAACAUGCUUACAAAAAUCUAGGACUAGAUGGAGAAGACAAGCGCCGAAGUUGGAGACUAUCUGGGCGACGAUGGAUGUCUCGUAGCACCGCUCCGUUGGUCGCCCGCGCCGAUUGUGCACUGGAACAGCCACAGCCGAUGCGAGUCAAUGAGAUGAGACGCCUUGUUAGUCUUUGUAGAGAUAAAAUGACGGGAAGGAAGGAUCGCCCUCAAACUGACUAG